CUUGUAUAAUUUUAAUAUAAAUUUUUAUCUAUACAAUAAACUAAUAAAUGGACAUAUAAUUACUAAUAUUUAUUAUUAAAAUGUAACGCACUCGUAUAUAUUAUUUUUCUUUACGUUACGAUAAAUUACUCUAUUUUCUCACACCUUUUUUACCAUAAAAAAAGGUGUAAGUAACUUCAACUUACCAACAUAAAUAAAAAAAAAAAAAGAAAAAAGAAAAUAUGGACCAGUCAACUUCCUAAUAAGCAAUUUAAAUAAUUAAUUAAAAUCAUGCAAACAUCGCCUUAUAUGCAAAGUACAUCCUCAAUAGAUAUCAUUUUUCAGCAGCGGGACUGAGACCUCUAUAUAUAUAUAUAUUUCAGUCUUGAGUUGCAGUGAGAAAGCAAGUUUGCCUCACUCUCUCUCUCUCUGACUCAAAGGAGAGGAGAGACUUAUAUUCAAGUCGUUGGCUGCUAUUAUAUAUAGACAUGGCCGGAGUUAUCAAUUUACUGCUGGUGCUAGUAGCAGUACUGACAGGCGGCGCGCGAGGCGGAGAUGUAACUUACGACGGCAGAUCUUUGAUCGUGGAUGGACAGCGAAAGCUACUCUUCUCUGGUUCUAUUCACUAUCCAAGAAGCACUCCUGAGAUGUGGCAAUCUUUGAUAGCCAAAGCCAAGGAGGGAGGUCUAGAUGUGAUAGACACUUACGUUUUCUGGAACCUCCAUGAGCCACAACCUGGUCAGUAUGAUUUCAGUGGAAGACGUGAUAUUGUAAGAUUUAUUAAGGAAGUUCAGGCACAGGGCCUCUAUGUCUGCCUCAGAAUUGGACCCUUUAUUCAGGGCGAAUGGUCCUACGGAGGUCUACCCUUUUGGCUUCAUGACAUCCCAGGCAUUGUUUUUCGAUCCGAUAACGAGCCUUUCAAGGUUCAGAUGCAAGGUUUUACUACAAAGAUAGUAACAAUGAUGCAAUCGGAAAAGUUAUAUGUUUCACAAGGAGGUCCAAUCAUACUGUCACAGAUUGAGAACGAGUAUGGGACAGUGGAAGAAGCAUAUCAUGAGAAAGGGCCAGCUUAUGUGAAAUGGGCUGCACAAAUGGCUGUUGGACUUAACACUGGCGUUCCAUGGGUUAUGUGCAAACAAAAUGAUGCUCCUGAUCCUGUGAUAAAUGCAUGCAAUGGAUUGAGAUGUGCAGAAACAUUUGUGGGGCCUAACUCUCCAAAUAAGCCUGCAAUUUGGACUGAAAAUUGGACUACUCGAUAUGUAAUAACUGGGGAGAACAUACGCAUAAGAUCUGUGGAGGACAUUGCAUUUCAGGUUACACAGUUUAUAGUGGCAAAGAAGGGAAGUUUUGUCAACUAUUACAUGUAUCAUGGGGGAACCAAUUUUGGAAGGACGGCCUCUGCAUUUGUACCCACCAGUUACUAUGAUCAAGCACCUAUUGAUGAGUAUGGAUUGAUUAGGCAGCCUAAAUGGGGUCAUCUGAAGGAGAUGCAUGCUGCAAUUAAGCUAUGUUUAACUCCUUUACUAUCAGGAGGGCAGGUUACAAUCUCUCUGGGCCAACAGCAACAAGCCUUUGUGUUUACUGGGUUGUCAGGAGAAUGUGCUGCUUUUCUGCUCAAUAAUGACACUGCAAAUACAGCAUCAGUGCAGUUUCGAAAUGCUUCAUAUGAUUUGCCCCCCAAUUCUAUUAGCAUAUUACCUGAUUGCAAGACCGUUGCCUUCAAUACUGCAAAGGUAAGCACUCAGUACACUACGAGAAGUAUGACCAGAAGCAAGUUGCUAGAUGGAGAAGAUAAGUGGGUUCAAUACCAAGAAGCAAUUGUUAACUUUGAUGAGACAUCAGUAAAAUCAGAAGCUAUACUGGAGCAAAUGAGUACUACAAAAGACGCAUCUGAUUAUCUUUGGUACACUUUCAGAUUUCAGCAAGAAUCCUCUGAUACUCAGGCAGUACUCAAUGUGAGGUCUCUUGGACAUGUUCUGCAUGCCUUUGUCAAUGGUCAAGCAGUAGGUUAUGCUCAAGGAAGUCACAAAAAUCCACAGUUCACUCUCCAAAGCACAGUAUCUUUGAGUGAAGGAGUUAACAAUGUGUCCUUGCUGAGCGUGAUGGUUGGAAUGCCGGAUUCAGGAGCAUAUAUGGAGAGAAGAGCAGCUGGAUUAAGGAAGGUGAAGAUUCAAGAGAAAGAGGGUAACAAGGAGUUCACCAACUAUUCAUGGGGAUAUCAGGUAGGAUUGCUUGGAGAGAAGUUACAAAUUUUCACAGAUCAAGGUUCAAGCCAAGUCCAGUGGGCAAAUUUCUCAAAGAAUGCCCUAAAUCCAUUAACAUGGUAUAAGACACUAUUUGAUGCACCUCUAGAAGAUGCCCCAGUCGCUUUAAACCUUGGUUCCAUGGGAAAAGGUGAAGCUUGGGUUAAUGGCCAAAGCAUUGGAAGAUACUGGCCCUCAUAUCGUGCUUCAGAUGGAUCUUCACAAAUAUGGUACAAUGUGCCAAGAUCUUUCCUCAAACCCAAAGGCAACCUAUUAGUCGUAUUAGAAGAAUCAGGUGGGAACCCUCUUCAAAUAUCAGUAGACACUGCAUCAAUUUCCAAAAUAUGCAGCCAUGUGACUGCUUCUCAUCUUACUCUUGUAUCUUCAUGGAGCAAAAGAACUAAUACUGAUAACAACAACUCACUCCAGGCAAGACCUAGGGUUAAAUUAGAUUGCCCUUCAAAUACCAAGAUUUCUAAUAUAUUAUUUGCAAGCUAUGGAACUCCAGAAGGUACCUGUGGAGAUGCUUAUGCUGUUGGAAUGUGUCACUCAUCUUCUUCAGAAGCCAUUGUUCAAAAGGCAUGUCUGGGGCAGAUGAGGUGUUCCAUUCCUGUAUCAAGUAAAUACUUUGGAGGUGAUCCAUGUUCUGCGAAUGAAAAGUCAUUGUUGGUUGUUGCAGAAUGCAAAUGAGAACAAUCUGCAUGCAGCCAUUUUAAGAAUGAAUUUAUACAAGGGAUACUCGUCUGCAUUUCGUUUUCAGGAAAUCUUACUGUUUUUCAUUUCUUUUUUUUGGUAAGGCCAUUGCUGAUGUUAUAAGUUAAUGGAACUGUCAUUCACAUAAAAUUUCUGUAUUACUUCAUGAAUUUACAUCCGUAAGUGAGUCUAACUCAAUUCUUUUCCAACAAAGUGUCCUUAGAAUAGAGACUUCUUUCC